AUGUCCUUCUCUCUCCGCGGUAAACAUGCCAUCGUGGUCGGAGGUACCGGUACGCUGGGCUUCCGUAUCGCGAGCGCACUUGCAGACCGCGGCUCUGUUGUAACCAUCAUGAGCCGUAAUGCCGUUGAUGAUCGCCAAGUCCUUGAGCCCAGACUCAAACCUUUUGAGCCUCUCCCGUACAGAGAGGACUUCGACGGCGGGAGACGCCCAACAGAGCACCAGUUCAAACGCCUGGAUGUCCAAAGGGGAGACAUUUUCAAGGGUCUAUUUCCCACUCUGGGUCCCGUUGAUGUCCUCGUCAACUGCGCUGGCACCAGUCAAGCGUCAGCUCUCAAGAGGACCGGCGAAGAGGAAAUUCAACGGAUCCUUAACCUCAACCUCCGGGCGACUAUCCUCGCCUCUAAAUAUGCCAAAUUAACCAAUCAUGGAUGCAUCAUCAAUGUUUCAAGUCUUAUGGCUACCAAAAUGGGUGCUGGUGCUACAGUAUACGCCGCUUCAAAGGCUGGUGUCAUUGCUUUCACCCGUGCCCUAGCCCUUGAGUAUAAAAGUCGCUCUAUCCGCGUCAACACAUUGCUACCGGGUUGGAUACAGAGUCCAAUGUGGAAUGGUGAGUCUCCCCUUCCUGCGCCUUCAAUCCCUGGCGCCUAUCACCCUUGCGAAGACGAAAGCCAAUGUUAA